CCAGCCUUGCGGUUCCCAUUGGAGGCAGCAAGCGACAGACCUUAGCUUCCAGCUUUUACCUUGAGUUGGACACACACAACGUGAAAGUGCGCAGGCUACACAGCCUUUCAAGGUCGCAUCUUCAGACUUCAGACAUCGACCAUGCGUUAUUUCAUGUGAUUGCGCUGGUUUCGACAUAUCCCCUCCAGUUGAAUCCAACCGAUACUCUGCGCGACUUGGAUUUACAAUCAACCUACUGUCCGAACUCUCCCGAGCCGACAUGAGGAUCAAGCUGCGGCCACUGCCACAAAAGCUGGCAGGACUCAGGCCAAUACCCCAUGGGUGAGCAGAAGCGUGAUGAUGUGUAGCGCAGGAGUUCCGACGGCGGCCGGUCAAAGCCUCUUUCCGACUUGGUGGAUAUGAGGUAUAAAGUGAAGCAUCCGUCGACCAUUUCUGAGAGAUAUCCUGACUGCAGAGAAUAUUGCUCAUCACACAUCGCAGAGUCAACCGUAUCAACAGAGUCAUCACCAACUUCUUCCGUUCCACUGGGACUGCCCAGAGUACCCUACCAUUUGAACCUUGGCCUUCAGAUGAGCUUACUAUUCCACCAGCCAUACCAGCUCAUUUAUCUCGACUUUCGAGGUUCAUACACUUUUCCGUGCCUUGGACCAUAGACGGUCCCUACACUCGAUUCCUUAUCGUCUUUCACCUACUGUAUCCCAAUUAGAAACCGGCAACAUCAUUCAACAUGGACGCUCUCGCAUCUCAACCACCGGUGUGCUCUUCGACCACCAGAUUGCCAGAAAGUCAACAACAGCAGCUUAAAGUGGCCAUAAUCGGCGGCGGCAUCUGUGGCGUCGCUCUCGCAGUCGGCCUCUUAGGAUCCAGGCACAUAGACUUCCACAUUUACGAGAAGAUGGCUAUCUACCGUGACGUGGGGGCUGGUCUGUCCCUCCACAGGAACGCCCUUGCCGCGAUGCAUCUCAUUGAUCCGGAGCUCAUCAAGGCCUAUCAGAAGAAAGCCGUCAAAAUCGGCCAGGAGGAUCAGGAGAUGGCAACCGAAGUCAUCCUAGCAGCGGGGAGACACAGCGGCCGCAAGGUUGGCGAGCUCGGUCGUGCCAGGGGACGCAAGUCCGUCAGCCGCGCUGACCUUUUAGAUGGCUUCCUUGAGCAGGUGCCCAAGGAGCACAUCAGCUUCGGCAAGCAAGUUGUGAGGGUCUGGGAAACUCACCCUGGAACCGAAAGAUCUAGUACAGACUCGGUCGCCCCCUAUUCUGAGGAUUCUGCCGAGUAUGACCACCCCAUCCACAUUGAAUUUGCGGAUGGCACCCGCGCGCAUGCCGACGUCCUCAUCGGCUGUGACGGAAUACACUCAAUUGUGCGGUCUUAUAUCCUGGGCGAAGAUCAUCCAGCCACAAAGCCCAAGAACCACGAUGGAUGGAAGAUCUAUCGCACUCUCAUUCCUACACAGGUGGCUAUUGAGCAAUGGGGGAUUGACAAGAAGUUGACCCAAACUGUACCCAUCCUUCUCGGCCCCAACGGCCACAUCAACAUGAUCCCCAUGAAGAAGGGCCAAAUGCUCAGUGCCGGAGUAGCCGUUCGCGGCGCUGCUCAACUAAACGCCGCUUUCGGCCCCUCCACCGUCCCGGUCUCCGCUCCUGUCCCCCCUUCAACUGCCCCUCUCAGCCCCCCUGAUUCUGAGAGCGGCAUCGUGCCGUGGGUGUGGUAUGCGGCUCUUCACAACACCACCAUCGGUGAUUUCAUCACUCACCAUACACGUCCAUCCAGUCACGAGAAUUCACCCCAAGCACAUCCCGUCUAUCAGCCCCAACCUUCCAACUCUCUUCCGGGACAGGGCAUACCAGUGACCAAACCCUACCUCUAUCGAGACUACACACGCGAGGCUCAAAAGAUUGUCCGUAUGGUUGCCGCCGACACGUCGGCUUCCUGGGCCGUUGGCGACCACGACCAUGCUCCCUACUUCGCUCGCGGCUGCGUGGCCAUGGCUGGCGACGCGGCUCACGCUGCGCUUCCCUUUGCCGGCAACGGGGCAGCACAGGCACUGGAGGACGCAGCCGUCCUGGCACAUCUGUUUAGGACGUACGUCCGCACCCCCGAGAUGGCCGAGACGGCGCUGUGGGCGUACCAGAGGGUGCGGAUGGCGCGGUCACAGAGGGUGGUGGAGAUGGCACGCGAGUACGGGCGGGUGUACUCGUUCAAUCCGAUCCGGUAUAGGGGGCAGUGGGUCAAGCUGCAUGAGAAGCCGGAGGUCAUGAUGCAGUGGUUCCGGCAGCAGGCGGCUUACACAAACGAGCAUGAUGUCGCCUUCCAAAACAAGUGGGCGGGGCAAAUGUUUGUGAUGGAAUCAACACGGAAGAAGGAGGCGAGGAAGCAAAGUGAGGGGGCGGAGGGCAGUUCAACGGAUACGCAUCCGAAGACGAAGACGGGUGAGGUUAAGAGUGAGGAGAUAAGCAAUGUGCGGACUAUGGGGGAGGGCACGUCGCCGAGGUCGACUUGGGUGUCGCUGGUUGCGCUCAGAGGAAGGGAGCAGGGGGGGAGAGUGGAGGGAAGGGAAGCGGCAGUUAUGGAUGGGGAAGAUGGGGAGCGUGUGGAACGGGACGAGGCAAUUGAUGAUGAUGAUACACACGAUGUGGAAAGUGUGACAAGCCUCGGACGAGACAGCGAUUAUGACUUCUUUGAUGAUUUCUCGGAUGAUGCGGACGACGAGAUGGAAGAUGAAGAUGAAGAUGGCCCGGGUUUUUGGUGAUGGCAAGAAUAUGAAGAAGACGGAAAGACUGAUGAAACAACAAGGCGAAGCAUUGAAACUCGGGUUAUUCGUUAUUUUGGAUACUUGCCGGAAGAGGAUAACCGGGGAAAGGGCAACAAAUUGGUUAGUAGUACAAGAAGGAAGAAGCUGGAGGAUAUCAAGUUCAGAAUGUUCAUGGAUGUCAAAUUAAUCAACAUUUGUCGAUAUAAUCCGCGGACAAAUAGAAAUACGAGAUGGCUUUUGUUUGUCAGC